AUUUGUACAACAUAGUCUUCUUAGCCUUUACAAAACCAUUGUUCAAUUUUCAUCAAAAAGAGAUUUCAAGCCUUUAUAUCAUUAUCAUUUUCAAGAACCAAGAAUGGCUAGUGGGCAGAUGAAACCUGUUGCAUCUUUGCUUUUGGUCCUUAAUUUCUGCAUGUAUGUUGUUGUUUUAGGCAUUGGUGGUUGGGCUAUGAACUUUGCCAUUGAUAAUGGUUUUGUCAUUGGUCCAGGAAUGGAACUUCCAGCACAUUUCUCUCCAAUUUACUUCCCAAUUGGAAAUGCUGCCACUGGAUUCUUUGUUGUAUUUGCUUUGAUAGCAGGUGUGGUUGGAGUUGCAUCUGUCCUCUCUGGACUUAACCACAUUCGCCAUUGGAACAUCGAUAGCUUACCAGCUGCUGCUUCUGCUGCUGCAAUUGCCUGGAGUCUUACACUCCUUGCCAUGGGCUUUGCUUGGAAAGAAAUUGAACUCAACUACAGGAAUUCCAAAUUGAAAACAAUGGAGGCAUUCUUGAUAAUUCUAUCAUUUACUCAACUGGUAUACAUAGCUGCCAUUCAUGGUGCUUCAUCAAGGAGAUAAAUGAACUCCGAUGAUAAAUCGAAUCGUGUGAAAUGUAUUGAUUGAGUUUGUUGUUUCCUUUUUUCCAGUAGUCAUUGUUAUUAUUUCAUUAUUGUGUAAACAAAGUUGGCCAGAUGGCUGUUUGUAUAUCAACUAUCUUCAGUAUUCAAAUUGUAAGAAACAAAUAAGUGAUACACAAAUAUUACCCUUCAUUGGCUUUUUCCCA